GUGCUUCCGGCCGGAGUCCAUUAAGUAGGACACCGGAAGGCGGAAAUGCUAGGGCGGAAGUGGCCGGGAGAAGAAGAGAAUGGCGGCGGAAGGCUGGAUUUGGCUCUGGGGCUGGGGCCGGCGGUGCUUGGGGAGGCCUAGGCUUCCCGGCCCCGGCCCUGGCCCCACCACACCUGUACUUCUUGUUCUUCUUCUGCUGUUGGGGCCAGUAGCUUCAGAUAUAACUGAUGGUAGUAGUGAACACCUCAAGCGGGAGCAUUCUCUCAUCAAACCUUACCUAGGAGUCGGUUCCAGCUCCAUGCCCCUCUGGGACUUCCAGGGCAGUACUAUGCUCACGAGCCAGUACGUGCGACUGACCCCUGACGAACGCAGCAAAGAGGGUUCUAUAUGGAACCACCAGCCAUGCUUCCUCAAGGACUGGGAGAUGCACGUCCACUUCAAAGUCCACGGCGCAGGGAAGAAGAAUCUGCAUGGGGAUGGCAUUGCCUUGUGGUACACCCGUGAUCGCCUUGUGCCAGGGCCUGUGUUUGGAAGCAAAGACAACUUCCAUGGCUUAGCCAUCUUCUUGGAUACAUAUCCCAAUGACGAGACCACUGAGCGUGUGUUCCCGUACAUCUCGGUGAUGGUGAACAAUGGCUCCCUGUCCUACGACCACAGCAAGGAUGGGCGCUGGACAGAGCUGGCAGGCUGCACGGCCGACUUCCGGAACCGGGAUCAUGACACCUUCCUGGCUGUGCGCUACUCCCGGGGCCGCCUGACGGUGAUGACCGACCUGGAGGACAAGAACCAGUGGAAGAACUGCAUCGACAUCACUGGUGUGCGUCUGCCCACUGGCUACUACUUCGGGGCCUCUGCCGGCACCGGUGACCUGUCUGACAAUCACGACAUCAUCUCCCUGAAGCUGUUCCAGCUGAUGGUGGAGCACACCCCUGACGAGGAGAACAUUGACUGGACCAAGAUCGAGCCCAGUGUCAGUUUCCUCAAGUCUCCCAAAGACAAUGUGGACGACCCCACAGGGAACUUCCGGGGCGGGCCUCUGACGGGCUGGAAGGUGUUCCUGCUGCUGCUGUGCGCCCUCCUGGGCAUCAUUGUCUGCGCGGUGGUGGGGGCCGUGGUGUUUCAGAAGCGGCAAGAGCGGAACAAGCGUUUCUACUAAGCAAGCUUGUAGGACGCUUGGCUGGGGAUGGCCUGGCCUUGGGCUUCAGGCACCAUUGUGAACUUUUUUUACUUGGAUUGUAAAAGAAAAACAAGACAACCUUAUUUCUUAACUGUUUCAAAGAAAUAAUUAAAGUAUUUUC